AGAAUAGUAAAGCCCCCCAGGCUCUUCCUGGCUUGUUCCACUCACUGCAGAGGGGCGUUUUUAAUGCAUCCAUCAGGAGCCUGGUGCUCAGUGUAUCAGAAUUGCAGUGCACUGGACUGGACAGAACCGGGAAGCAUCCAUACUGUCAGUGAGGGUGGGGUCCGGCUGCACUGAGAGACAAAACACACACAGAGGGGAAAAGGAUUAAGGAGAGAAGAGGAGGGCGAGCACCAGAAGAGGAACACAACAAGGGAUGAAAGGAGACACCCCUGUGAACAGCACCAUGAGUGUCGGUCAGGCCAGGAAGCUGGUGGAACAGCUGAAAAUCGAAGCCAGUUUCUGUCGGAUCAAGGUAUCGAAAGCAGCCGCAGACUUGAUGGCUUACUGCGAUGCCCACGCCUGCGAGGACCCCCUGAUCACACCUGUGCCCACCUCAGAGAACCCCUUCAGGGAGAAAAAGUUCUUCUGUGCUCUCCUCUGAGCAUGAAAUCAGCAAGAAUCGAAUUAGCCUCAUUUAGAUGAUUGAUUUGUGUAUGCUCAUAUCACACACACACACACAUACACACACACACACACACACACAACACCAAAAAAUGUGAGUUUUAAAUUUCUGGUUUUGGAAUUUGAUCAUUUGACUGUGGACAAGGCUAAACAUCCAUAACGUGUGAGGACAUUUUGUGCUACGCUGUUUUUCGUGUUCUAUGGGAGACACUAAGUCUCAAUUUUAUUAGGCAGGUGUGCAUUAAAUAGAAAUUAAUGACACAAAUAUAACUAUACUAAAUUGUGUUUACGGUGAACACACACACACACACACAUAUGCUACACGCACAUAUGCAAGCACAUGAUUUUUCUAACAAAUGAAAAUGAAAAUGAAGUUUUGCGGUUGGUUGUUUUAUUAUUUAAACUUUUUCAAUUACUACACGUUUAAGUAACAUGUAUAUUGCUUUUAUCCCCCACACGGUAUACAGUCAUGAUUUCUAAAUUCUGUAUGUUUUGGGUUUUUUAAGCUUCUUUUUAAGUGGCUCUGUAUGUGUGUAGAUUUUGAUAAAAAGGUACGAGAGCUUAAUUUUUUUUGGAAUUGGCCAGGAUGCAUCAAUCUACACUAUAAUUAUCCUUAAAAAUCAUCUGAAACAUAUGCUAAAGGGUUUUCAAAAUGGAAAUAGCUAUCAGCGAUCUCACACGCAGGACAGAUUCGGAAUAGGAGAAGACUGUUAGAUAAAAAAGUUCACUUGUUUAAGAGCCCAAGCAACUGUAAACCAAAACAAAAACAGAAAAACAACUUGUGACCCAAUCUGGGGUUUUAAAAGAAUACUGCAGACAAUUCAAUGAAAAAUAAAAAUAUCACCAAGACAG